CGCAUCUUUUUUGUAAGCUUGGCAUAAUGUAUAAUUAGUAGUGGUGGAGGUUUCGAAUCGAGCCUUCGAGUCAAUUUUUCGGGUCUUGUUGGUUCGAGUCAUUUUGUCGGGCCAAAAUUUGAUGCCCGAAUCGAUCUUUUGAACCGAACCGGGCCCCCAACCCGAAAUAAUUAGUGAUGUCGUUUUCGAGUCAGAUAGAUGGUCGAGGCAUUUUUAUUUUUUUGGGUCUUGUAUUUAUCUAAUCGGUCUGUUCGAGCCACUUUCGGCUCAAAUAUCCUAGGCCCGACUCGAUCUUUCGGUCCGAGCCUGUCCAUUUUGGCAACCUUACUAUGGAAGGUUCGAUUGUACGUGAAAACGCAUUUCCUACAACAUUUCUCAGAUUAUGGGGCAUCUUGUCAAAAUCAGUCGGGAACAUAUGGUUUUACGACCUGUAACAGGACCAGAAUUUACCGAGACCUUAUCUCGGUAAACCUUAUCUACUCAAUCUACUUAUUGAGUAGAUAA